AUAAAUGACGUGCCGAGAGAACGAGCGAACGCGCAGCCGGGAGAGCGGAGUCUCCUGCCUCCCGCCCCCUACCCCUCCUGCUCCUGCUCCUCCUCCGCUCCCCAUACACAGACACGCUCACAACCGCUCCCUCACUCUCACACACAGACACACGCGCGCUCACACGCUCCACACACACACACUCCACUCUCUCCCGCGCGCUCACACCCCUCUCUCCCCGAGCCCUCGCCAGUGCAGCGCCGCGCCGUAGCCGGACGCCCCUCCCGGGCUCACUUUGCAACGCUGACAGCGCCGGAGGUGGCCGUGGAGGUGGGAACUGCGGCGACAUUCUCCCUAUUGGUCGCGCCCAGAGCAAGGACGCCCGCGGAACCCUUCGGCCGCGCUCGCCCAUGAGUCGGGACCGCACCAUCUCCCGCCAGCCGCUCACAGCCCCAGGGAGCUGCUGGGCUUAUACUCCGCAGUCUUUCCGGGACAGCAGCUGUGAUUCCCCCUUCUCCCCAGUGCAGAUUUUGGGGCAGCUCUCUAGAAAUUCGCUCUAAAGACGGAAUCGCCACAGCACUCAAAGCUCACGGUGAAAGAGAGCAGCCCGGCGAGUCCGGGUCCUGAGGCUGGACUCUCAGCGGAUCCAGGCAGCACAGCUGCCACACCACCUCGCCGGACAUCCCCACCUCCUGGACCCUCAACCUCUGCUGGAAAGACCUCCAGCCCCACCAUUCAGCGCGCAAGAUACCCUCCAGGCCCUCAUCACCUUUUUUCCAGUCAAGAUUUCAUCCCAUACAGGCAUGACUCAAUCAGGUUUGGAAAUGUGGAUAUGCCCUGUGUGCAAGCCCAGUAUAGCCCUUCACCUCCAGGUUCCAGUUAUGCAGCGCAAACCUACAGCUCGGAGUACACCACCGAGAUCAUGAACCCCGAUUACACCAAGCUGACCAUGGACCUCGGCAGCACGGAGAUCACAGCCACUGCCACCACGUCCCUGCCCAGCUUCAGUACCUUCAUGGAGGGCUACUCGACGAGCAGCUACGAACUUAAGCCCUCCUGCGUGUACCAAAUGCAGCCCUCUGGGCCGCGGCCCUUGAUCAAGAUGGAGGAGGGCCGAGCGCACGGCUACCACCAUCACCACCACCAUCACCACCAUCACCACCAUCACCAGCAGCAGCAGCAGCCCUCCAUUCCACCCCCCUCCGGCCCGGAGGACGAGAUGCUGCCCAGCACCUCCAUGUACUUCAAGCAGUCCCCGCCGUCCACCCCCAGCACACCGGGCUUCCCUCCGCAGGCGGGGGCGCUGUGGGACGACGCGCUGCCGUCUGCGCAGGGCUGCAUCGCACCGGGCCCACUGCUGGACCCGCCGAUGAAGGCAGUACCCACCGUGGCGGGCGCGCGCUUCCCGCUCUUCCACUUCAAACCCUCGCCGCCGCACCCGCCUGCACCUAGCCCGGCAGGCGGCCACCAUCUCGGCUACGACCCGACGGCUGCCGCCGCGCUCAGCCUGCCGCUGAGCACCGCCGCCGCGGGUACCCAGGCCGCUGGGCUGGAAGGCCACCCGUACGGGCUGCCGCUGGCCAAGAGGGCUACCGCGCUGGCCUUCCCGCCGCUCAGCCUAACCGCCUCCCCUGCGGCGUCCAGCUUGCUAGGGGAGAGCCCUAGCCUGCCGUCCCCGUCCAACAGGAGCUCCUCGUCCGGCGAAGGGACGUGCGCCGUGUGUGGGGACAACGCCGCUUGCCAGCAUUAUGGUGUGCGCACCUGUGAGGGCUGCAAGGGCUUCUUCAAGAGAACGGUGCAGAAAAAUGCAAAAUAUGUUUGUCUGGCAAACAAAAACUGUCCAGUAGACAAGAGACGUCGAAACCGAUGUCAGUACUGUCGAUUUCAGAAGUGUCUCAGUGUUGGAAUGGUUAAAGAAGUUGUCCGGACAGAUAGUUUAAAAGGGAGGAGAGGUCGGCUGCCUUCCAAACCAAAGAGCCCGUUACAGCAGGAACCUUCUCAGCCCUCUCCACCUUCUCCUCCGAUCUGUAUGCUGAAUGCCCUUGUCCGAGCUUUAACAGACUCCACACCCAGAGAUCUUGAUUACUCCAGAUACUGUUCCACUGAGCAGGCCGCUGCUGGCACAGAUGCUGAGCAUGUACAACAAUUCUACAACCUUCUGACAGCCUCCAUUGACGUAUCCAGAAGCUGGGCAGAAAAGAUUCCAGGAUUUACUGAUCUCCUCAAGGAAGAUCAGACAUUACUUAUAGAAUCAGCCUUUUUGGAGCUGUUUGUUCUUCGGCUUUCCAUCAGGUCGAGCACUGCUGAAGACAAGUUUGUGUUUUGCAAUGGACUUGUCCUGCAUCGACUUCAGUGCCUUCGAGGAUUUGGGGAGUGGCUCGACUCCAUUAAAGACUUUUCCUUACAUUUGCAGAGCCUGAACCUUGAUAUCCAAGCCUUAGCCUGCCUGUCAGCAUUGAGCCUGCUCACAGAACGACAUGGGUUAAAAGAACCAAAGAGAGUGGAGGAGCUAUGCAACAAGAUCACAAGUAGCUUAAAAGACCACGAGAAUAAGGGACAGGCUCUGGAGCCCACUGAACCCAAGGUCCUGCGUGCCCUGGCAGAACUGAGGAAGAUCUGCACCCUGGGCCUCCAGCGCAUCUUCUACUUAAAGCUGGAAGACUUGGUGUCCACACCUUCCAUCAUUGACAGGCUCUUCCUAGACACCCUGCCUUUCUGAGCAGGGGCCACCUCAGCUGGCAGCCAUCUCAUCUGCUAGCACCUGCUUACCAAGCAGUGAAGGGAUGGAUCUGGACACUGACCAUUUCUGUCCUUCCUUAAGAGAAAAAGCAGCUCCUGUAGAAAACAAAGACUUUUUUUUUUUCUUUCUGGCACUUUUCCUUACAACCUAAAGCCAGAAAACUUGCAGAGUAUUGUGUUGGGGUUGUGUUUUAUAUUUAGGCUUUGGGAAGAGGGUGGGGGGUAUAUAGUUCAUGAGGGUUUUCUAAGAAACUGCUAACAAAGCACUUUUGGAUGAUGCUAUCCCAGCAGGGGCAAAAAAAAAAAAAAUAAGGAUAAUAUUAACUGUUUUAAAACUAUUUCUGGGGAAUACAAUUAGAGUUGCUUUGUAUUUUCAAGAAAAGAACAGCCAAGGGUUGUUUACCAGGGUAGGAUGUGUCUUAAGACUGGUCCGUUUAGAAUAUGUUUCCUGUAUCAAGGGUACAUGUGUGGUGCAAACAAGGCAGAAUUUCUCUUUUCUUAAUUGCUUUAUUCCUUUAACAAAUGGUGAAAAUGGAGGAUUCCCUAUAAGGCAGACAUAGACAAACAAUAAUGGCUGUUCACUUCCAUAUACAAGUGCAAUUUUUUAAGUGCUGUCUUACUAAGUUUUGUUUAGUAACUCUCCUUUAUUUUGUAUGUAAAUACAAAGGAGGCAGUCAUGUUAGCAAAUGACACAUGCUAAUUUUUCUAGCAGAGGCUUUGUCCACCUACCCUGUAGAACCCUUCUGAGGUAUGGUCCAUCUAAGACUUUUGGGCUAAUCUUGAUAGAACCAGAUCCCUGGCCCUGACUGACCAGCUGUCCUGAAGGGGGCUCAGAUGAUAAAAUGGAUUGCACACAACUGUUUUGGUUGCAUUCUAUCAACCUCUCCAGAGUUCUCUUAACUCAGUGGAGUUAGAGAAACUGACACAUUCAUUCAGAAGCUGCAGGAGCCCUCGGUGAGCCAGCCAAGUAUUUGAUCCCUAGAAGAGAACAUGCAAGUAAGUGGGAACUGGAUCAUACAGGGUAAACAUCAGGGAUUGUAAGGUUUUUAUAUAUAUAUAAAAUUUUAAUUUUUGCUAUCAGUUAAAGAGAAAAAUUUUGGAGAGCAAGUAAGUCUUAUUUAAACAAAAAUAAAAAUGAGUGAAUGUGAGUACUAGAAAGGAUUUAGUGGGCUGCAUUUCAACAUUCCGUGUUCGUACUCCCUUUUGUAUGUUUAUACUGUUAAUGCCAUAUUAUUAUGAAAUAAUUUGUUGCAUAGUGUCCUUAUUUGUAUAAACAUUUGUAUGCACGUUAUAUUGUAAUAGCUUUGCCUGUAUUUAUUGCAAGACCACCAGCUCUCGAAAGCUGAGUUGCAAAGUACUUAAAUGGGGUGUUCAUAGUGACUUGGAUACACCAAGUAGAAAAACAAACAAAUAUAUAUAUAUAAAUAUAGCAGGUUACAUAUAUAUAUUUAUAAUGUGUCUUUUUAUUAACCAUUUGUACAAUAAAUGUCUCUACCCAUGCAGUUAUCUUAUGGUUAAUUUGCAGUGACUUUUAAGGCAGUACUGUUUAGCACUUUGAUAUUAAAAUUUUGCUUAUGUUUUGCUAAAUUCGAAUAAUGUUUGAAGAUUUUUAGGUCUAAAAAUCUUUAUAUUAUAUACUCUGUAUUAAGUCAAAAUAUCUUUGGUCAUUUUGCUAAGAAACUUUGAAUGUCAUUCUGAUGUCACAAUAGUUUGGGUUAGCUUUAAAUCAUUUUGCUUUAGUCUUUUUAAAGGAAAACUAACAAAACUAUGCUGUUUGUAUUAUCAUUAAAUUAUACAAUCAAACAAAUGCCAAAUGAAUUGCCUAAUUGCUGCAAAGGAUGACCCAGAUAGCAAACUAUAUAUGUUUUUUUCUCAAGAGUCAUUCUGAUAUUUGAUCAUGUAUUAUGUUUGUGUAAGCUUUUAUGAAAGAAUGUUAUUUUUAUAUUAAGAUAAUAGGAUUUGGAAUGUUAGAUUUGGAAGGGACCUGACUUGUCAACUCAUCCAACUAUUCAGAUUCAUAGAGGAGAAAACAGGCCCAGCAAAGGGUAAGGACUUACCCAAGGUCAAGGCUAGGAACUAAUUUCCUUUCCAGUGAUCUUUCUACUUAACUUUCUACUCAACUGCAUUAUAGGAAAACAGGCUUUUAAACAUAGCUACAAUAUUUACAUGAUACUAAAAGAUAACCACAAGUAAAGUAGCACUUUUGUAUUAAUUUUUUGAGCUUAUAUGCAAACAUAAUAAACAUUAUUAAAUAUCAGGAAAGCUAAUAUUUCAUACAAGGGAGCUUCAAACCAAAUUCAAAUUGAAUUUGAAUAAUUAGAAAUAUUAUGCAUACAUAACCCUCUUAUACACCAUUAGUAGUUGGAAAGUUAAUCUCUUUGGUUUUCUCAUGUCUAUAGAGAAAAGUGAAACAAAACAGCCAAGAGAAAUGCUGUUACUUUAUACUCCCAUCAGAUUUAAGAAGACUUUUUAGCUGUGGUAUCUAUUGGUUGGAAGGAAUGAAGACAUUUUAUUUUAGUUAUUCAGACUCUAGUGCUGAAAAUAGACAUUAUAACCAAUGUACUACCGGCUUCCAUAGUUAUUACAAGUAUGGGAGUCUACCAAGUCAUCUAUCGGUUCAACUCUCUCUCCCUCUUUUUUUUUUUUUUUUUUGUCUUAAUGUUGACACACAAGUUUAUACAGAAUGGUAACCACACUAGCUCAGUAAAGGACAACAAGAAUUAAAGCAGACGAUUCCUCCUCUUGCGGGGAGAGCUCUCUCAGUGUAAGCAAACCUUCUGCGGGAGGGAAUCAGGAACCCACCAGCUGCUAAUGGAGAAUGCCUUGCUUUCAUUUCAGACAGCAGAGAUUUUUGAAGUUCUCUGUUCCUCUAACAGCAUUGCUCUUUAGUGUGUGUUAACCCGUGGUUUGGAAGAAAUGCUCUUGUACAUUAACAAUGUAAAUUCAAAUGAUUAAAUUAAAUCACAUUUUAUCUAUGGC